AAAAAAUUAUAAAAUUUGCCGGUAAAACUAAGAAAGCGCGAAACCAUGGCAGCUCAAAGCGGCGUCGUAUUCGGGGAGUUCUCUCUCUCUCUCUCUCUCUCUCUCCGGAGUGGAGGCAUUCCUUCAUCUAGGGUUCUCUUCGAUCUCUCACAAUGCGCGUUCCUUGAUCCCAAUUCCCAGGGCUCGGUCCCCUUAACGCUCCAGCGCCAUGGAGGGGUUCGGGCGGGCUCUGAGGAAGAAGGUCGUCGUCAUCGGAGGUGGAAUCGCCGGCGCCCUCCUCGCCAAAUCUAUCCAGUUUCAAACCGAUGUUACCCUCAUCGACCCGAAAGAGUAUUUUGAGAUUCCAUGGGCCAAUUUGAGAUCAAAGGUGGAGCCUUCACUUGCAGAGAGAGCAGUGAUUAAUCACACUGAAUACUUAACUAAUGGGAGGAUAAUUACAUCUUCAGCUGUUAACAUCACUGGAACUGAUGUUCUGACUACCGAGGGCCGGAAAAUUCCAUAUGAUUAUCUUGUCAUUGCUACCGGUCACUCAUACUCUACUCCGCGAACCAGAAGAGAUCGGCUUGAACAAUUUCAAGAAGAGAACAUAAAGAUAAAGUCUUCUGGCUCUAUUUUGAUCGUUGGCGGUGGACCAGCAGGAGUUGAGCUUGCCGGAGAAAUUGCCAUGGACUACCCAGAUAAGAAGGUAACUCUGGUUCACAGCGGUCCAAGGUUGCUGGAAUUUAUUGGGUUAAAAGCUUCCCAGAAAGCACUAGAUUGGUUAAAAUCAAAAAACGUAGAAGUUCUAUUGGAACAAUCAAUUGAUUUAUCAACCUUAUCAGACGCAGAUAGAGUAUUCAAAACAUCGACCGGUGAGAUCAUCACUGCUGAUAGUCAUUUUGUUUGCGUGGCGAAGCCAUUGGGUUCACAAUGGCUGCGCGAAUCAAUCGUAAAGGAUUACUUAGACAGAAAUGGUAGAUUGAUGGUGGAUGAAAACUUAAGAGUUGGAGGCUCUAACAACAUUUUUGCAAUCGGAGAUAUCACUGAUAUUCCAGAGCUUAAGCAAGGCGAUGUCGCACAACGCCACGCAUUACUUGUCGCGAAGAAUCUGAAACUACUGAUCAAAGGCGGCAAGGAGAGCAAACUAAUUAAGUACAAGACAGCCUCCGCGAAAACAAUGGUUUCAUUAGGACGAAAAGAUGCUGUUGCUCAACACCCGCUUGCGACAAUAAUCGGACAUCUUCGUGGCGUGAUCCGAUCAAGAGACUUGUUCAUCGGCAAGAUGAGGAAACAAAUGGGUCUUGAAAGCCAUCCUAGUUGAUAUAUAUAUACAAAAAUUCAAUGAAAUAUCACAACAUUGUUCUUCAUGCAACUGAAUUCACCAUUAAAAUUCAAUGCAAUACAAUGCAAUGCAAUGCAAUGCAAGGGAGGAGUACUGAAGUACAUGAAUAGUCAGAAAACCGUUUGGAA